CAUGGUUGGUGACUUGGUGUGGUGGAACAGGGAGCGGUGAUGGAACCCUUCCAAGAUGAUUUUGAGACAGAGAAGCACUACGCUGAGGUGCUACUCAUGAACAUGAUUGACAGUGUGGAUGCUACUCCUGUUGAAGCAGAGAUGAUAGCAGCUUUCAAGGCAUAUGAUCUAAUCACUGCUGAAUUUGGGAUUAUUCCUAAGUCGUGCAAAUUGUUUGGAGACCCAUGCCCGCUAACCAGGUGGAUCAUUGGUGAAGACAAGCUCCAAAAGGUCUGAGUACACGUACAAGUAAUAACUCAAAUGAGUUCUCACAAGAUAAACAGAGUCCAAUAUCAUGUUUGCUGUGUGCAAAAUAAUUUGAGUCAUAUUUUGUUUAUGUUUCUAUAUGUACAUGAUCAUCCGAUGUUGCUUUAAAAUAUAUGUUAUUUGGAAUG